UCAGAAUCCACGGUGCACUACACUAUGAAGAAUUUAAAGGAAGUGAGUUAUAUACAGCAAUAGUACAACAGUUUUACUGCCAGUAGUGCAGAAACAGAAUAAGUUUGACCGACAAAUCUCUUCUGUCUCGGAAAACAAUGAUGAAGAUUUAGUACAUGACCUCCAUCGGCACCAUGUUCUACCUGCUGGGGUGACUGUCAGCAGAUUGUCACAGCAGCAGUGAGUUAGUGUCUCUGCAUUUGGACACUCAUGCGGGUGAAUGUGAGAACUACACAGUGACCACAUCCAGAGAGGCGGAAACUGAGCAACAGACAUGAAGACCUCGGAGCCCAAUAAACUCAAACCAGAGGAAGAAAAAGCCAGCUGGGCCCCUGAAGACAUGAAGGAUGAAAGCAAAGUGACAGAUCUGGAGAGCUUAUUGGAAGAACUGGACUUGACGCAGUGCUACACAAAGAAGCUAUCACUCAGCAGAAUACUAGAGAUUGAUAUGAAGACCAUCACUGAUGAACCUGCCAGGCGUAAAUCAGACCUUCCAUGGUAUUUUCUAAAGAAAGUAAUGAUGAUUAAUAUCACUGCUAGGAAUGUGAAAUGUACAUCACAGUGUGAGUCAAACAAUGAUGAUGAAUCAGGGAGUACAGACCUAGAUCUUGAUAAUAUGAUCGACAGUCCAAACAAAGGCAACAUGGUGAACCCCCUCGACAUAAUCACUGCUCUCUUUCUGUGUUUUGAUGGUUUUGUACAGCAGGAAAUGGCACUAAAAAUGUCCAUGUGUCAGUUCUCUGUCCCUCUGCUGCUUCCCAAUUGUGACACAGGACAGUGCACACUCAUGCUGUGGGCCAUGAGAGACAUUGUUAAAAAGUACAGACCUCAGUCUCUUUCACAGUCAAAGGGCUUCAUUGAAGAAAGAAUCGUUCUCUCUGAACUUCCAAUGGUCUCUUUUGUCAGACUGGGUGAGUGCUCCUUGUCCAAGUCAGAGAUUCUCAAUAAGCUUCUGAGCAAUGAUCAGCAAUACCACGACACCUUUGUUCACCACAACAUGGAGUGUGGUGACAGUCCAAGAAUAAUUUCCAAUGGACUGACUGAAAUUACUUGGUAUCUUCCUGGUGGAAACACAAACAUUGACAUUUUCAGUCAGCCAGUGGCUGUAGCUAACCUUCGUGGAGACAUUGCUUCAUUUGAAACACAAUACUCCUUUUUGUGUCAGACAUCUGCAGCAGUUUUUGUUUUCUUUGACCAUUUGGAUUCUGAGUCUGAGACUGUGUUCAAUCUGCUUAAAAGCCAAAACCACAAAGCACAGAUCUUCUUGGUGGGAAACUAUGAGAGCAAGCGCUUCAAUUUAGAAGCUGUGAAAAAAGUAGUAAACAGUUUAGGCUUCACUAAAGGCAAUGUCAUCAUUAAAACAAAGCAGAAAAAUGAUGCAGACUUUGUAAAAGAUUUGAGGAAAACUGUCAGAAAUGUGGUUGCGAAAUCAGAGUUGAAGAUGAAAAUGGAGAAGAUGGUGGAUGUUGCCAAUGAACUGGGAAUACUGGUUGAUGAAAACUCUCCAGAGUGCCAGACUGCAAAGAAAAAUGCAAAAACCAUCACUGCAGAAAUUCAAGACAUCCAUAAAUAUAAAGAAAAUGAGCUUCCCCGACAAGGCCAAACAUGGAAAACUCUGUCCUGCUUAGAGAAGGAAGAGUUUCGACUUCGACAUGUUGAGUCUAAAAAUGUAGAAGAUUACAAAAGUGAUCUUAAGAAACAGAAAGAAGAACUGCGGAAAAAGCAGAACUCUUAUAAGAUGUCAACAGCUAUGACAAACUUCAUCACGGGGAUAUCAGGCCCAGGAACAGAGAGGUUUUAUUUCCUGAAAUGGAUGCGAAUGAACCUCGAUAAUGUGUCUCAUGAAAAACUUUCUGAACUCAGGGAGAAAUAUAAAGAAAAAUGCAAGAACUCAGAGAACAAAGAGGAGAUUAAAGAAAUUGACAAACAAAUUUCCAGCAGCUCACUGGGGAUUGAACACUUCUUCCGUGAAAUGGGUCAGAUCUAUGAAGCUUCACUGUCUCUUCCAGAAACAGACAGAUCACAUCAACAAUUACAGCAUCUGCCCAAACUGUGUGCAGAGUUGUUGCUUGAUGGAUUUCCUCUUGAGCUUGUAGAUGGAGAUGCAUCCAACAUCCCUCUCAGAUGGGUGAGUGAUGUUCUCUCUCAGCUCAGUGACCUGGUGUCUCCAAACAUAAAGAUACGAGUAGUCACAGUUCUUGGAGUUCAGAGCACAGGAAAGUCCACUCUCCUUAACACCAUGUUUGGAGUGCAGUUUGCAGUCAGCAGUGGUCGAUGUACUCGAGGUGCCUUUAUGUUGCUCAUCAAAAUCAAUGAAGACAUGAAAAACGUCCUGAACUGUGACUUCAUGGUGAUCAUUGACACUGAGGGCUUAAAGUCACUAGAUCUUGCACAAGUGGACAACAGCUAUGAGCACGACAAUGAGCUUGCUACACUUGUUGUUGGGCUGAGUGAUGUCACGAUUGUCAACAUUGCAAUGGAGAAUUUAACUGAAAUGAAAGACAUCCUACAAAUAGUUGUGCAUGCUUUUCUCAGGAUGAAGGAGGUGGGCAAAAAGCCUAAAUGUGUGUUUGUUCACCAGAAUGUGUCGGAUGUUUCAGCCCAUGAGAAGAACUUACGAGACAGGAAACUGCUCCUGGAUCAGUUGAAUGAGAUGACUCAGGCAGCAGCCAAAAUGGAAAAGAAAGAGGGGAACAAGAGCUUCACUGAUGUGAUGGAGUACAGUUCAGACACCGGGAACUGGUACAUUCCUGGACUCUGGAAUGGAAACCCACCAAUGGCACCAGUUAAUGCAGGAUACAGUGAGGCUGUAUAUGAGCUCAAGAAAAACAUCAUCCAACUACUGGGAAACUGUGAGUCAUCUGCUAAUAAUAUCAUGGAGUUUAAAGAGUGGGUGAGAAGUCUGUGGAAUGCAGUAAAGCAUGAAAACUUCAUCUUCAGCUUCAGAAACAGCCUCGUAGCUGAUGAAUACAUGAAGCUCUGCUCAGAGUUCAAAAAAUGGGAGUGGGAACUCAGAAAAGAAAUGUACACCUGGGUAACAAAUGCUGAAACAAAAAUUUCAAAUAUUGGUACCAUUGCAGCAAAAUCUGAAACAUCUGACAUGAGAGAAUUUCUCGGAUCUUUGAAACGUGAAGCCUCCACAGUGCUGUCUACAUGGGAGACAAAGAUUCUGAACUAUUUGACACAAUAUUUCGAGCAGACAGAGGGUCAUGUGUAUCUGGUUGAAGGAUACAAAGAGGAAUUCUCAAACAGUGUAGUAGUCCUUAAUCGUGAAAUAGAAAAUAGUGUAAAGUAUCAGCUUGAAGCAGCAGCAGAAAUCAGACAAGGAAUGAAAGAAAUUGAUAAAAUCAAAGACAGUAAUAGAAAAGAAAUUGAAAAAGCUGUGCGUGCAUUAAUUGAUAAAUGUCGAAAGAAAGAAGUCCAAAUGACAGACGAAGAGUUGGACAAAGAGUUUGAGAAGAUGUGGAGGGAAACUUUAGAAAAACUGUCUUUCUCUAAACAAAAAACCUCGAAUGUCAUAGACAAAGUGUCCCACUCUCUGAGAGAAAAUCUGAAACGCAGGGGGAGCCAUGCAAAUGAGUUAUUAAGUGAAAUGAGUCUGCAAGAUUGUGGAAAAGAGUUUUUUAAAUAUUCAGCUGAAGGAUGGUUCAAGAAAUUUAAACACACAGCAAACAAGUUAUUUGCCCGUCAGGAUCACAUAAUGGCUGCACAACAUCUUGCUGGCAGGAUCAUAGAUGCUUGCACAGACUUUGUGAAUGAGCGAGUGAAAAGAAAAAACAAUUACCAUGACACUUACAUCCAGGAGAUCCUCCACAUGAUUGAUGAGAAGCUGCAAAACAAUAAAGAAGUUAAGAUAAACAUCGAGUUUGAAGUUUCUCUAAAACAGCACAUCUGUGGAUUUGCAGCCAGAGAGUUUCAGAAAAUGCACGAAGAUUUCUUAGAAGAAAAUGAUCCGUACAGAUGUCUCAAUAAAAACAAAGAAAGGUUUCGUGAUGAUUUCAAAGAUGUGUUUCAUGAACGAGACCAGUGUCAGAAGAAGGCAGAAGAAUUCACAAAUCGAUGCUUGAAGCCUGCUGUUGAAGACUUUGUUAAUCGCUCCCUGGGUCCUGAUAUCAUUGAUGAAAUGAGGAAACUCAAGCAUUUCAGCAACCAAAUGUACUUCCAGUAUUCAAUUUUACUGGAUUUGCUUUACAAGGAGGAUUUUCAAAACUAUCUGAGCUAUAUUUGUUCAUAUGAGAAUUAUGUAAAGUCAUGGAUACUCGAACAAAUAAAUAAGCACUUCUUAACUGAAUCAUCAGUUUUUAAGUUUGAGGACCAACAUCUACAGUCAUGUAUUGAUAACAUAAAUUCUGCCAUCAUCAAGGCCAAAACCAGAGAGAGUGAUGAUUUGAAGGCUUUUGUUGAAGAUAUUUGGAAAGAACUUGGAGAUAAACUGGUCAUUACCCAGGAUGCUCUUGGUGCUUUCAUGAUACUGAACAAUGCUGACAAGGAACAGUUUGCUGACUGUCUCACAGCAUCUAUGAAUUACAUGACAGAAACUCUUAGAAAAAAGUUUAAAGAAUCUCCCUUUGAAAUGAAACUACAACAUCUCCAUGUGAAUCCACAGAAUGAACUUUUCAACAAAUUGAUUGGUUGUGGCAAACAGUGUCCAUUCUGCAAAGCUCCCUGUGAUGCAGGAGGAAAAUUCCAUACUGAGCACUUUGCUUCACUGCAUAGACCAGAAGGUCUGGGUAAAUACAAGUGGGAGCAGACAGAGCGACUUGUCACUGACAUAUGCUCAUCCUUAGUAAUCAGUGACAACAGAUUUCGUUGCAGUCAUACAAACAAUAAAUGGCAUUCUUAUAAGAAAUACAAGAAAAUAUAUAAAGACUGGAAUAUUCAGCCAGAUGUGAGCCUUGAAGCAUCAGACUACUGGAAAUAUGUAAUGACAAAAUACAACAAGAAUUUUGCUGAACAAUAUGAAGCCCAAAGUGCUUACAUCCCAUUUUCUUGGCAUCUAAUCAAUAAAGAUCAGGCAGAAAAAAGUCUUAAAGAAUCAUAUAACAUCAAGUAACUGCUCAUAAUCCUCCUCAUGUGAUUAUUGUGUACAGAAGAACAGAUGUUAUGUUUGCGAUACUGAAGAAAAUGUGUCAAUAUUUUAAGAGACAAAAGUAAAAAACUAAAAUUAAAUUUAAUGAACCAUAAUCUGAUUUCAAAUUUAACAAAUUUUUUGUUGUUGUUGUUGUUGUUUUCAACUUGAUAAUCCAUAUAAGACGUUGUAACAAACCCUAAGAAAAUGCAUACCAUCACUACCUAGAGUUUUCUUUUUUAUUAUUAAAUUAUUAUCUAUUCAUUUUACUUCUUGUUUGAUAUAUUUAUAUUUUUGUUAUGGUUGUUUCAGUUUUCUCCUUUUUUAAAAAAAAAUAAGAAAGUUGUAUAUAAUUUGUUUCUUUGAGGAACCUGGUGCCAAAAUCUUUACACUUUCAAUGUUUUAAAAGAUCAUCUGAAUAUAAACAUUUGCAAUAGAAUAUGUGAUUUUCUUACUUAAAAUUUAGAAUUUUGUUUUCUUUCAUAUUUGAUCUAUCAGACAGUUUCAAAAAGACUCAGAGAAUCAUGCAUUUUAUAUAAUUUUAUAUCUGGUGUGAUCCAUAGUCAAUCAUUUAAUUGGUUAAACAAGCCUCAGUUAUAACAAAUAGCAAACUGUCGAUCAACCUGUGCGUUAUCUACAAAAAAAUAGUCUGUUUAACAAUGCACCACACAAUCAAUGUCCUCCCUGUGGUUAUCACAAAGCACUUCGCACAUGCACUCAGAAAAAUAAAGGUGCCAACUGGAACCAAAAGUGGUUCUUUAGACUGAUGCCAUAGAAGAACCUUUUUUGGUGCCACAAAGAACCUUUCAAACAAUGCUUCUUUGAAGAACCAUUUCUUUCAGUGGUUCAUUGGGGCGCCUUUAAAGGUUCUUCAACGAACCAUCAAGAAAUGGUUCUUUGGGGCACCUUUAAUGGUUCUUCAAAGAACCACUGAAAGAAAUGGUUCUUUAAAGAACCAUUUUUCAAAAGGUCCUUCAAAUGGUUCUUUAAAAAACCAUUUUAAAGAACCUUUUUUGAAAUGGUUCUCUAAAGAACCAUUUUAAAUCUUUCAAAAUAAAAUGUAUCAUAAAUUGAAUUUGAGUAGGGUAAAAUAAACACGAGCACAGCAUAGACAUAUAUUAAUGGUUUAUUGCCAUUUCGUAAUAUACCAAAAGACAAAAAGGCAUUUUAACCCUCAGCACAACAUCACUACUAAUACAUGUCACAUAUUAGUCAUUUAAACAGUAAUAAUUAAACAUUUUUACUAUACUAUAAAUAAAUAUACAUAAAUACUAUAUCUAUAGAUAACAACAAUUAAUACAUGUAUUGUUUAAUUAAUAAAACAUCAGAAAGUGAUAAAAACACAUUAGAAAUAGCAAUAGCUUCAUAACAGACCAAUAAAUCAACACACUGUCAUCAGCAGAUGUUUGCAUGUUCAGUAAAAAUAUUUCAACAACAAGUUUUUGAUCAAAAUUAUCAAUGAACUUCAGCCUUACCUUAUGUAAGGUAAGUUUCAUGUUGGACUCCUGGUUCUUUGUUAGUCCAGUUUAGGAUAAUGUCUCUGACGUAUGUAUCAUAUCAAAUAUAUGUCAUAUCAAAACAACCCCACACCUGCAGUUGUUUCAGUUUUUCACAGGUGUUUCCUGUCAGCUGGUCAACCUCACUGAGGCGGGCAUCCAUAUCAGCCAACCAAACGACAAGCUCCUCCCUUUGUGCUUCAAAUCCCUCCAUCUCUGAGUUCUCCUCUAUGCAGACAACGUUCCUGUUUUCAAGGCACAACUUGGAUCUGCUAUACAAAUCUUAUAGAUACACACGAAAUGAAACAGUAGUGUGCACGACUCCAGAUUCUGAUCCCUCGUCCUAAUAUGGUCCCAAAAGGCUCACAAAAACCAACAUAGCAAUAGCAAUAAAGCAAAUGUUGAGUCCAUAAACCAAUGGCUGACAUGGGUUUUAUCAUAAGGGUGAUAAAUUAGAGCUGGGCGAUAUAAGAUUUUUUCAUAUCACGAUAUGUUUUUUUCAUUUCAGGCGAUAACGAUAUAUAUCACGAUAUAAGCCAAAUAACUAUAUUU